AUGGAUCAAAACUUAGAUUAAUAGGAUAUAGAUAGGACAGAUUAAAGAGGUAAUUUAUAACAUGACAUAAAUGAUAAAUGUAAAGAAAUUGAACCUAAAGUUUACUCUCAUUAAUAUGAGUUCAUUCAAUAUUGGAUGUUAAUUAACAAUUCCCUAUUAUUGCAUUACACCGAAAAUAGUAAAACCCUUAAUUUUUGA